AAGUCCAUGUCGCUAGGUCCAUAUGAGCGUGUUUUCUAAGCUAUUCCCUUAUUGUCACUCACAUUUGGAGCCAUGGCAGGAAACAGCCAGCAGCUCAGCGAGUCGGUAGUGAUCCGCAGUCUCAGGCGGUUCAGAGACAGAUAUUUCCCGAGCAGUGGGGAAGUUGGCAAAGAUGAUUUGACGCCUGUUGUGGAGACUGGAGAAGAACCGCAGCCGGGAUUUUUGGAUAGCUUACCGGUGGACCUACAGUUCCUGAUCAUGACAUUUUUGUCUCCUGCUGAUAUCUGCCGCUUUGGAGCCACCAGUCGGUACUGGAGGGCCAUGGUUAGAGAUCCGUUACUGUGGAGGUACUUCCUGCUCAGGGACAUGCCAUACUGGCCCUCCAUUGAUCAUGUGACCAUGCCCCAUCUGGAGUUGUUGGAUGCACCACUAAUCAAUGAGAAUGAGACCCUGGACGAUAGAGAAGAGGGGGAAGACAAAUGGAUGAAAUCGAAAUUUGACUAUAUGUCAGAAUACCUGAAAGGCUGCCCAUCCUGCAGACAACAAUGGCUUCCUUCACGACCGGCGUACGAGGUUGUGACCUCAUUCCUUCAGUCGCUGGUGCCCUCAUCUGAACCGCGUUAUGCCAUGUUCGGACCCGGCAUGGAGCAGCUGGAUGUCUCUUUAGUCACGAGGCUCAUGCAUGCCCCAGAUGUGCUUCCUGUGUCGGGCACUCCACACAGACAGAUAAAUGGUAUCGGCUCUGGGAUCAGUUACAUGUUCAACAACCAACACAAAUUUAAUAUCCUGACACUGUACUCAACCAAUAGGGCAGAGAGGGAAAGAGCCAGAGUGCAGCAGCAGAGCAUCAGUAAUAAACUUUUUACGUUUGGAGGAACAGAUGAGUCAGGCUACCCAAUCUACAGUCCUGCUCCUCAGGUGCAGGAAGUAUGCCAGGUGGUGGAUGGUUUUAUCUAUGUAGCCAAUGCAGAGCCUGGGAAAGGUAACAUAAGAGGAUAUUUCUAUUUCUUCUUCUUCUGUGCGACUGUGUCACAUUAUGCACGUUGGCUGUUGUCUUAUCAAUCACCAGCGCAGAACACUGAAGACAGAAACGUGUCUUCAAUAGGUGAGGGGGAGUCCGAGGUGGCUCAGAUUCGGGCCGUGCUGAGCUCUGCCGGGGGUUCAGCAUCCAAGCCUCUGCUGGUGCUUUCCUGUGUCUCCAGAGAAGAACCAGAAGCAGUCGGAUCAGCAAGCCUGCAAACUAUUACCAGCAGAAACGGUGCCAAGUGUCGGACUCCCUGUGUUGACAUAGCGAAGAGACUCGGCCUACCCCAACUGGCCAUCCCCUGGAUGGUGCAGGACACAGUGGCAGAAUCCCUGUCAGGUCUUCUGGAUGGCAUUUCCUGGUUGCUGAGAUGUUCUGGAGUCAAACUCUAGCUAGUGACCUAACCUAAUUAAAACCACAGAACUCUCGCACUGAAUGUCUCAGGAUAAGAGCACUGCACAUGGAAUGUUGAUAUAUUAUAUGUUAGUAUAAGUUAAUUUAUAUGCCAUAUCAUGGUACAUGUUUACAGUUGGUGAGCUGCUAACUGACCUGUUAGCCCACUGGUUUAAUACGGGACAGAGAUUGUACAUAAUUUGUACAGUUAAGAGUGUUUGUCAACAAUCUGUUGCCUUUUGAAAAAUGCUGAAUACUUUACAUCUUUUUGAUUUGUUGCACAAUGACUUUGUUCUACAAAUGGUUUUAGAAUUAUAUGUUUUUCUUGUGGUGAAUGAGUCACACUUUCAGCUUCCAACGCUGAUAACGCACUGUUAAAUGUCUGUUAAAUAACCAGUAAAUUGCUGUAAUUACAAUGACAAAACUA